UUUCCGCCGGCUGGUCCAUCGGCCCGUGUCCGGCCCGCGCUGCCGCGGCCUGGGAGCUGAGCCGAGCGGGCGGGGUGGCCGGACCCAGCUGUGUGCGACCGCCGGAGGCGCUGGGACGGGUCUGUGGAGAAACAGGGCGCUGACGGGUGGACCUCCGGCUGCUCUUCCAGGGAGAGGAGCUGCCCCCAGAAGGAAGCGGGGUCGGGGUCAGCUUCAGGCUGGGGAUUAGGAUCUGAUCGUGCUGACCCCGCAGGCCGACAGGCGAGUUGCCCCCCCAGAGCAGCAUGGAUGCCCCCAGAAGAGACAUGGAGUUGCUCAGCAACAGCCUGGCGGCCUACGCGCACAUCCGCGCUAACCCUGAGAGCUUUGGUCUCUACUUCGUGCUGGGUGUCUGCUUUGGCCUGCUGCUAACCCUGUGCCUGGUAGUCAUCAGCAUCUCCUGCGCGCCCCGCCCGCGGCCCCGGGUCCCUGCGCUGCGCCGGGACCGCCAUAGCACCCUAGAGGCGGAGGACGAAGACGAGGACGAGGAGGACACGGUGACGCGACUGGGCCAAGACGACACGCUUCCUGGUCCAGAGCUGUCCGCGGAACCCGAUGGGCCCCUGAGCGUUAACGUCUUCACCUCAGCGGAGGAGCUGGAGCGGGCGCAGCGCCUGGAGGAACGCGAACGGAUUUUGCGGGAGAUCUGGCGCACCGGGCAGCCGGACCUGCUGGGCACCGGCACGCUGGGACCCAGCCCCACGGCCACGGGCACCCUGGGCCGCAUGCACUAUUACUAAGUGGGCCUCGUUCCCACUGCAAGGCUCUCUAGGUACUGGACGUGCACCUGAGCUCAUAGCUACUGCGGUGCUAAGUGGGCCCUGCCCCCACAGCUCCCACGGUGCUACCGGGCGUGCAUCCCCACUCUCCGGGAGGCGCCCUUCCCCAGUCCUGCCCCAAGGCCCUGGGGGGAGGGCAGGACACAGGUCCCUACCCCUGCUUCAGGGCACGGUUAAGAGGUGAAGUGACCAAUGAAAGCUGCAUUCUUAGUGA